AUGAACGGCCACGACCCAGACGCCGUGUCUUUGCGGCGGCCGAGCAGCACACGCGCGCCCUCCCGUCCGCAAAUGCUGCGCGCAAAGAGCGACUUUGGACCCCGCCAUUUCGAGACGACCCCCUCAGACAGCGGCGCCGACGAAGCCGGCAGUGUCGACGGUCAGUUCAAGAUACGGCACGGAUGGGACGACCAGCUCAACUCGGAAGAAUACAACCAACUCUUGACAUCGUCUUUCUUCAUGUACUAUACGGAGAAGAAACAUGAGACGGGUGGCAUACCGAAGAGCGAAGGCAGCGCGUACCCGCUCCAGGAAUGGCGCAUGCGCGACCGCCUCAAGACUGUAUCCGCAGUACUUGCGCUAUGUCUGAAUAUAGGCGUCGACCCGCCGGACGUCAUUAAGACGAAUCCCUGCGCGAAAGAGGAGUGCUGGAUCGAUCCCACCGUCACAUCUCAGACUCCGGGGCACACGCCGAUGAAUCAAAUAGGAAAGGCGCUGCAAACACAGUACGAGCAGUUGAGCAUGCGCACGCGCUACAAGCUCCUCCUGGACCCCACUACAGAGGAGACCCGCAAGUACACGUCGACGCUUCGCCGCAAUGCACGCAACGAGAGGGUUCUGUUCCACUACAAUGGUCACGGUGUACCUCGGCCGACGUCCUCAGGCGAGAUAUGGGUCUUCAACCGGAAUUACACACAAUACAUCCCACUAUCUCUUUACGAUCUCCAGAGCUGGAUAGGGGCGCCUAGCCUGUUCGUCUAUGACUGCUCUGAUGCGGGUCUAAUUAUCUCCAACUUCCUUCGGUUUGCUGAGAAGCAUCAGCUGGAGUUUGAGGAGGCGCAGCGGCGGGACCCGAACGUAGAGGUGGUGGAUUUCCAUGACUGCAUCCACCUUGCGGCCUGCCGAGAGAAGGAGUCCUUGCCAACCAAUCCAGAUCUUCCCGCGGACGUCUUCACGUCGUGUUUGACGGACCCUAUAACCAUGGCGGUCAAGUUCUUCAUACUGCAGAACCCUCUCCCCAGCAACGUUACUCUCCGUGAUGCGCACAACAUCCCGGGCAAAGUCUCUGAGCGUAGAACACCCAUUGGCGAGCUCAACUGGAUUUUCACUGCUAUUACAGACACAAUUGCCUGGAACUCUCUGUCCAAGCCUCUCUUCAAGAAGCUCUUCAGACAGGAUCUUAUGGUCGCCGCACUGUUCCGAAACUAUCUUCUUGCACAGCGUAUCAUGCGAGUAUACCACUGCAACCCUAUUUCUCAUCCAGAAAUUCCACAGACCCACGAUCAUCCCUUAUGGCGCAGUUGGGAUCUAGCGGUCGAGCUCAUCCUGGCUCAACUUCCUGAUCUUCAGGCUGAAGCUCGUGGCGAGAAGGAGUACAUUUACAGGCACUCUGAGUUCUUCUCAGAGCAGCUCACCGCUUUCGAGGUCUACCUACAGCAAGGCGCUGUCGAGCAGAAGAUCCCGGAACAACUGCCAAUCGUGCUGCAGGUACUUCUGAGUCAAGUCCAUCGACUGCGGGCUCUCAUCCUCCUCUCGAGCUUCCUGGAUCAUGGACCUUGGGCUGUAAACCUAGCGCUCAGCAUCGGUAUCUUCCCAUACGUACUCAAACUUCUGCAAUCGCAGGCCAAUGAGCUAAAACCCGUCAUGGUCUUCAUAUGGGCGCGCAUUUUGGCGGUCGACCAAUCAUGUCAGACUGAUCUUCUCAAGGAUAACGGUUACCAAUACUUCAUCAACAUCUUCAAUCCCAACUCGGGUAUUCCAAUUCAGAAUGCUAGCGAACAUCGAGCGAUGUGCGCUUUCAUCAUUGCAAUGUUCUGCAAAGAUUACAAUCAGGGUCAGCGUGCCUCACUGAGUCCGGAUCUUGUGGAGAGCUGCUUGGAUCACCUUAAAGAUAUCCAGAACCCUCUCCUACGGCAGUGGUCAUGCCUGUGUUUGAGCAAGCUUUGGGUCAAUUACGAAGAGGCUAAGUGGGUUGGCAUCAGGUGCAUGGCGCAUGAACGCCUAUGCGAGCUCGUCUUCGACCCUGUAUCGGAAGUCCGUGCAGCAAUGCUCCAUGCCCUCACUGCAUUCCUAGGCAUCCGAGAUGUGACAUCUCAGGUUGCUACUAUCGAGGAAUCAAUCGCAUCCAUGAUCCUGGUAAUGACGACGGACGGAAACAGCAUGGUCCGAAGGGAAUUACUGAUCUUCUUCUCUACCUUCGUUCUGCGCUACAAGACCAAGUUCCUGGUGGCUGCUUUUGAACAGAUCUCAGAGGAAGUCAACAGCGAUGCCUCCGGAAAGGAGAACGGGACUGGAGAUGACCUCUACAUGAAGGGCCGUGCAUCAAAGACAGCUGUUGCAACUCUCACUACUUCCUGUUCGCAGAACACCAUCUAUGCCGCUAUCUGGAGAGAGGUCAUGGUGAUGGCCGCUGACCCUCAUCCUGAAGUGGCCAGAGAUGCGAGCGCAGUCGUCGACUACGUUCUUCUCGCACUUCUACAGUCUCCCCUAGCCAAAUUUGCCGGACCUUUGUUUGACGAGCUCGUCCGAAAGAGUCCUGUGGAUCGCGCACAACGACGAGUGUAUCAAGAGAAGCCCGUGCAACAGCCCUCCCAACCCCCGACACCCUCGAAAGAGGCGAGCUACCUGUCUCUCUUAGGUGGUCUUCGGAGAACAGGAAGUGUUGCAGCCUCGCUGAAAACUAUCUGGACUGGCCACGAUUCCUCAAGCUCUCCACAGAAGAGUCCCAGUCGCGCAAAGCUUGAUGAAUACACUUCGUCAACUGAAAUACGUCCCCAGACUCCAGAACGAUACAGCGUAGAAGAGCAGCCUAAAACCAGGGGGUUCCUACCACGAAGCCUCGGAGUGCCGCCUGAGCUCCCUCUGAAGAGCAGGAUCUUCGAAUGGUCGGUGGAGUAUUUCCGCGAGCCGCAGAUGAAGCCGACCGAGGCCGACGAACCCGGCAGCACAGACUAUAACGGACGGCUCUGGCGACGAAAUCGUAAUGAUAAAAUCAUCGCAGAGACUCAACCGCUCAAAGAGGUAGCCGUGGUGAAUCAUUGGAACCAUCAGCACGCGCUUUUUGACAAUCUCAGCCAACCGAUGAAGAUGUGUUUCCAUCAGUUUGAAGAGCAUAUGGUGGUCACCGACAACAAAGACACGAUCAACGUCAUCGAGUACUCUGGCGGUCCAACUCGGAGGAUCAACUGCUUUUCGAACGGUAACCCAAUAAAUUCUAGGGUUACUGAGGCACGCUUUAUCAACGAAGACGACCAGGCUCUUCUCAUGACUGGUUCCUCAGACGGUGUCAUCAAAAUCUUUCGCCAUUACGACACAAGGGCCAAGACUGAGCUUGUCACUGCCUUCCGCGCUUUGACCGAUCUAGUCCCCAGCAAUAGAAAUGCUGGACUGGUUUUCGACUGGCAGCAGGGCAGAGGAUCGAUAUUGGUGGCCGGCGACGUGAAGGUAAUUCGCGUGUGGAACGCCGGCACCGAGAUUUGCACGAGCGACAUACCCGCAAGGUCCGGCUCCUGCAUCACCUCGCUCACCUCCGACCAAGUCGAAGGCAACGUCUUCAUUGCGGGCUUUGGUGACGGCGCGGUCCGCGUCUACGACCAGCGUCAGAAACCCGCCACAGCCAUGGUCAAGGUCUGGAAAGAGCACAAGCAGUGGGUCACGAACGUGCACCUGCAGCGCGGCGGCCAGCGUGAACUCGUCUCGGGCUGCCGCGACGGCGAAGUCAAGCUCUGGGACAUUCGCAUGGACAAGAGCGUCAAGACGAUCCAGGCGACUUCGGACCACCUCAAGACGCUCAGCGUGCACGAGCACGCGCCCGUCUUCGCAGUCGGCACCCAGCGCCACCAGGUCAAGAUCUUCAACAUCCAUACCGGAAAGCCUGUCAGCCAGUGGGAGCCGUACUCGGGCUUCCUCCGCGAUCGCAGCCAGCCUGUCACGGCGACGGCAUUCCAUCCGCAUCGUUUGAUGAUCGCGGCUAGCGCGCUUCAUAGUAAUUUCGUCAGCGUGCAUACGUGCAAUGUGGCGAGGCAGCAGCAGCAGACCCACCAUUCGAGGACGGCGAGCGGCGUGGUCAAGGUCUGGGAUGGUAACACUUGA